AUGCGGAUCAGUCGUCUUUCGACUGCGGCCGCCGUCGUUCUAUUGGCAAUUGGCACAACUGCGGUUGAAAGCUCCUCAGACAGCCUUGCGGGCACCAAAGCCGAUAUCCUUGAGCCACCAGUUGGAGUUCCGGACCAUCUCUCGUCGCAAAAAGGAUCCUCCUCCAAAGCCGCUCCCAAAGGGACGCUGGACGCCCCAGUGGACGGAAAGGAUGGCAAGCCUCACGAUGGGCCGUGGGUAGAGACUGCCGCGGAGCGAGAUCGCAAGAAGGAAAAGGCAGAUAAAAAGACGUACGCGGCUGCGGACACAGAACAAGCUGGAAACAGCGUUGGAGUUGACGGCAAAGCGAUCCCAAAUUCGAAUGAAGGAGUCAUGGACGAUCCUGGUCGAUUGGGUCCCAAAGAGGGCACACGAGGCACCGAAGGUGGUAUGACGGAAAAGACCAAGGAUACCAAGCAAUACAAAGACAAGAAGCCAGAAACACCUAAGGAGGCUCGUCCUCUACCACACAGCGAACAGGAGAAGAUUCCUGGUUAUGAAGAUUCUUACGAGGUCACAGAUCAAAAGACAGGAGAUACACUGCUUGAGAAGCCCGACGAUCUACCCGAAAAACCGCACAAUAUCCCCCCUCCGAAAUCACCUGGGCAGACUACUGAUGGCUCCCUCGAUUACAAAGCUGCACCACCUGGCAGGAAACCCUUCACCAAGACAGGCGAUUCGACUACUGGAGCCGUUGGCGGGGGGAAUGUUUUCAGCCCUAUACACUCCUUGUUCCUCUCUUUCACUAUGAUCUUGUUCUCCGAGGUUGGUGACAAGACAUUCUUGGUUGCUGCGCUCAUGGCUAUGCGUCAUCCUCGUCUACUUGUCUUUAGUGCCGCUUUCUCGGCCUUGAUUACGAUGACCGUCCUCUCUGCUGUUCUCGGACACGCCGUACCUACGCUUAUACCUGCGUCCUACACGCAAUUCGCCGCCGCACUUCUGUUUCUUGUUUUCGCUGCCAAAAUGUUCAAGGAAGGACAUGCCAUGUCGCCGGACGAAGGUGUCGGCGAAGAGAUGAAGGAAGUGGAGAUGGAGUUGGAAGAAAAAGAGCAUGAACAGCGACGUUUGAGGAACCGUCGACGAUCCUCAGUUACCCCCUACGCACUCGAGGCCGGUCGCGGCGGUCGUACGCGAUCGACUAAUCGUCUUCCUUCGCCCCCCGAAAGCGUUUCCUCUGCAUCGUCGCGCGAAGUGUCGCCAGAGCGCGGCUUUUCGUUAAACACCAUUACUGCAGGAACGGCAAACCUUUUUUCUCUCUUGUUGAGUCCUGCAUGGGUACAAACUUUUGUCAUGACAUUUCUUGGUGAAUGGGGAGACCGUAGCCAGAUCGCAACGAUUGCCAUGGCUGCUGGUCAGGAUUAUUGGUGGGUUACGAUUGGUGCUGUCGCCGGCCAUGGCAUUUGCACGGCUGCCGCAGUCAUUGGCGGUCGAGCAAUCGCUGGCCGAGUCAGUCUUCGUGCGGUUACAUUGGGCGGAGCAGGCGCUUUCCUUGUCUUUGGCAUCAUCUACCUCAUUGAAGCGAUAUUCUAA